ACUAUGGAUGCUGGGAGGGUUGCUCUCCUGUUCAGAAGGACAAAAUGCCAAUCUCUUCCCUCCUGUUGUUGUUGAAUACCAUCUAUGGAGAGUGCUGCAUCAGAAUGUGUCUCAGAGGGGCUGUGCCAUGUCACAGUCUCCAGCCGCCGUGCAGAGCUCCUGCCAGCCUCCCCGUGUUGCUGGAAGGGCCUUCAAAGCCGAGUGGGGUGGGAAGGGAGCAGGGUCUGUGCGGGCCCGCAGGCUGCCCCUGAGGCAGCCGAGAAUGCCGGGGCUACGGCGGCAGGAGCUGCUUCUGUGUGUAUGACAACGGCACGGAACCGCCAGUGCCUUCCAACGGGAGAGGGGCGAUUGCAGGAAAAGCCCGGGCAGCGGGACGCCCUUGGAGCCACACUACUCGGCUCAGUUUCCUCACGCCUGGUCUCAGGAGCAGCCCUAGCUCCACGGCUCCGAGAACAAGGCCUAAGCUGCGCCCGAGAGGAGGCCGCUCGGGCACGGGCGCGGCGCCGACGGGAAGCGACGGCAGUUCUGGGCUGGUUUGAGUCAGAAACGCGGAAGGAACUACCGCUCCCAGGGGCCUGGGCGCCGCCUCUCGCCCGGCCUGGCACUGCACUGCACGGCACAGCCCUGUGGUGGCAGCGGAAGCAGCUCCUCCGGCUGGCCCCGCGGCUGGCGCGGCCAUGGCCAUCCCCAGGCAGCAGUUGCUGGUGGUCAGCGAGGAGCUGGACGAGGCCGAGCUGGCGGCGCUGAAGUUCCUCAGCCUGGAGCACAUCCCCAUGAGGAAGCUGGAGACCGUGCGGGAGGCGGUGGACUUCUUCCAUGUGCUGCAAGAGAAAGGGAUGAUCGAGGCGGAAAACCUGUCCUUCCUGAAGGAGCUGCUCUACCGCAUCUGUCGGAUCGACCUCCUGGAAGCCCAACUGGGCUCCAGCCGCGAGGAGAUGGAGAGCGAGCUGCAGCUCCCGGGCAGAGCAAAAGUGUCGGCCUACAGAUACUUGCUCUUUCAGCUGUCAGAAGACAUCACUGAAGAUAAACUGAAAUCUUUCAAGGUUUUUUUGGGGAAAGAAUUACCAAAAUGCAAGCUAAACUCUAAGACUACAAUGCUCGACGUUUUCAUUGAGAUGGAGAAGAAGGGGAUCUUGGGAGAAGACAACCUAAGUGUCCUGAAGAAUCUCUGUAGAGAAAUUAACGUCAGCCUGUUGAGGAGAAUUGAAGAGUAUGAAUUAAAUCUGUCUGGAAGAGAAGAGGUGCUCAUCCCAGAGGAACAGAAAGGCAGCACAGGAGGCCCAAAAGCUCAGGCCAGAGGGCAGGCAUUAUCUGUGGCAUCUGAUUCUCCUGGCCAUUGGGAUGAGUCUUCCUGGCUUGAAGUUUACAAAAUGACCAGCCAACCACGUGGAGUGUGCGUGAUCCUGAACAAUCACAGUUUUGCAAAAGCCAGGGCAGCAGUGCCAAAACCAAAAGACUUGAAGGAUCGGCCUGGGACACACGUGGAUGCAGUGGCUCUGCGCAGAGUGUUUCAAAAGCUUCAUUUUACAGUAGCAGAACACAGAGACCUCAUGGCAGAUGAAAUCCGUAAGAUUGUGGACAUCUACCGCUGCAAAGACCACAAAGCCAGAGACUGUUUUGUUUGCUGUAUCCUGUCUCAUGGGAAAAAAGGCAUUGUUUAUGGUGUGGAUGGGGAGGAAGUACCUAUCCAGGAACUGACCACUGCUUUCACUGAACAGAAUUGCCCCUCACUUGCUGGAAAACCCAAAGUCUUUUUUGUUCAGGCCUGCCAAGGCAAUGCUUGCCAUAAAGGUGUGACUGUCGAAACAGAUUCUGGACAGCAAGAUUCUUCCAUAGAAACAGACACCAGACUUCAGCUGGACUACAUCCCUGCAGAGGCAGACUUCCUCCUGGGCAUGGCUACCCUGCAAGAUUUCAUUUCCUACAGAAGCCCAAGGCGGGGGACCUGGUACAUACAGGCGUUGUGCCAGCACUUGGAGUACAGCUGUCCUCGAGGAGAAGAUAUUCUCACCAUCCUGACAGCAGUGAAUCAAGAGGUGAGCAGGAAGAGUUGCAAUAAGGUAGAGAAGCAGAUGCCAGAGCCUGGUUUCACACUGACGAAAAAGCUCAUCUUUCCUGUCAGCUGAAUGGGAGGGAACUGCGUGGCAGAGGGAGCUGCAGCAGCCUGUAAGCGGCCGAUAUCAGCUAAUGAUUUGGAAGAACACCACAGAUUUUCAGUGUCUGCUCUUACCACAAGAGUGACAUUUUUUAUUGGGGAGCCUUAAGAAAUUUGUGUUAAUAAAUACAUAUGACACUUUACACUGGAAAGCAUCUCGGAGCUAGUCUCUGAUCUGUGGUUUACUAGUUAAAAUAUGCUCAGCCUUGUCUAGCAGCUCUACCACAGUACCUUUAGUAAGGUAUCUCCAAUCCCAGUUUAAAAUGCAAAUUGCUAUGAAGCUUUGUGUAUUUUAUACCUAACUUUUGCAAAAUAAAAGGGAGGGGCACUGCAAAUUUUACAGCGUA